AUGGGUGGGUGCUCCGCUCCAAAUUGCUCGAACUCAACAACCAUUGGGAAGCAACUGUUUCGUUUUCCAAAAGAGCCCAUACGCAAGAAUAAAUGGCUUGUAAACUGCCGGCGUAAUUUUGUACCAACUCCACAUUCCAGACUGUGCCAGGCAAGUUUAUGGGUGACCAACGUUACUGGCUAGCUAGUUUAGUCCACCAGUCAACAGUUUCCCAACUCCAAAUUAGGACAACAAAACAUGUUGACAUGUUUAUCUACACUUUUAAUAUCAUAACCUAAUUGAUUGAAUGCAAUAUAUAAUGCACCAAGAGAAAAUACAUCGAUAUUUAGCUAGCUAAUCCUACAGCUAUGUCUUCUUGCAGGACCAUUUUGAGCUGAGUCAGUUUGAAGAAAUCGCCAGGUCGCCAGCAGGGGGAAAGAAGCUGAAACCAAAUGCUAUCCCCACUCUUUUCCAUGUGCAAAAUCCACCUUAUCCCAUCACCCCACAGAUAGUGCUACCACUCAAACCAGAGCCAGGUAACUUUACUUUUUUCUUUAUUUCUUAAAAUCACAAUAACAUCUGUGAAAUUAGAUAUUGACACAUUAUCAGAUAGCCUACUAUUGUCAGAUAGUAGUAGGCCUAAUGCAAAUGUUGGUCCAGUUGAGCUAACACACAACUGAUUGUAACAGUGGAUCAAGUGAGUGAUUUGGGUGUGUUGUUUAAUGUUCUCUGUAUACCAAGUGGAGAGGGAUCUGAAUGUGGGGGAUCAUGGCUACGCAAGGCGACAACCAACUCUGGGCAUGGAGGAAGAUGCUGAUGAACUACACAAGGCAGAGGAACGUCCCUGCACCCAUUGUCAACCUUACAAAACCCUGCUGGAACAAGAAAUGCAACACACUGCCAGACUUCAGAAAGAGGUGUGUUGGUAGCUCCUUUUUCCCAACUAUUUCAAACUAUUGCCUCAUAUUUCCUAAAACAUCUUUCUCUAGUCAAACCUUUUCAGUGUGAAGUAUUGUUAUGUUAUGUGAAAUUAUACAAUGGACCCUUUACGCUUUCAGUCAUAAGAAUUAUCUCACAGAGAAGAACAACAAAACAUUUUGUGAGAAUCUUUGAAAAGAUAACACCUCCUCAACAUGUUAUCUUGUGUGCAGGCUGAGGAAAUGAAGAAGAGGAUGUUCAAACUGGACAGAAUAGAGAGGGGCCUCCAGACAUUUCUGUAUGAAGACCAGAUCCGUGCCCUGACCCUGACCAAGCGUUCCCGGAGAGCUGUGUGGUCCCACGAGACAGUCCUGAAGGCCCGUAAGAUCCGAUGUGCAGUCGGUGCCAAGGGUUACGAAUUCCUUCGGGAGUUAGGCUACCCUUUGCCCUCUUAUAGAACUUUAUGUAACCGCCUGGAGGAAAAAAUCAUGGUGACGACAGCCAUGGGCUGUGAUGAGCUUGCAGAGCUUGGUCUAGGAAUCAUAUCCACAUGUGACAGUCCAGAGGGAGAUGGGGACAAUGAGGAGGCUUUCAUUGGAGUGAUGUCAUGA